UUGGUGCUGGAACCUCACCACCUCUCCGCCGUCAACGAGCUCCUUUCUCCGUAUACUUCUUCACUGAAAUGUGUGUGUGCGUGAAAGGCAGAGGAAGAAAAUGUGUGUGUGCGUGUGAGAGUGUAUGCCUUGAACAAGUAAAGACAGGGGAAUUACUCGGCACCAUCGAAAUAUUUCAACACAUCGCGUCUGCAGGCGGACUGAAGCCAGUGCGAGCGAAUACAUUUUAAAAGGAAUGUCGAAAUUGUAAACAACGGCAACUGGAGAAAACUGCAACAGAGUGACUCAACUCUCGAUUGAAUUUGAAAAUUGUCCACGAGACAGUUUACUGAAGAACAACACAUCGGUGCGUGUCAACCUUCGUAGACAAACACGUCGAAGAUUAAUGGAUCAUUUUUAUUCUCAAGCGAUGACAAUUUAGUGGGAUUCAGUUCUGUAAUAAAAAGUCUAAAUCACUGGAUUCCUAUUUGAGCCGGGGAAAUCACUUUGGAUUUGACGGAGAGACUUUUUGAACGGCCGUGCCUAUUCGCUGACAACUAUUCGAAAUAAUCGCUUUAAUCUCCAAUAUCACACAUCUGGGGUCUGGACUUGAAUGAGCCUCCUGAUGAGAGAUCCAGUUGUACAAGGAGCAAGUAUGGCAUACCAUCCGUUUUUACCUCACCGGGGUCCGGAAUUUGCCAUGAGUGCAAUGUUGGGUCACCAGCCUCCCUUUUUCCCGGCCCUGGCUCUACCUCCCAACGGCUCGCUGUCUCUUCCGGGCGCCCUGGGGAAGCCGAUCAUGGACCAGCUGAUGGGGGCCGCUGAAACUGGCCUGCACUUCUCCUCUCUAGGGCACCAGGCGGCUCAUCUGCGGCCUCUCAAAACCCUGGAGCCCGAGGAAGACGUGGAGGACGAUCCCAAAGUUCACUUGGAAGCGAAGGAACUCUGGGGGACUUUCCACAAGAGAGGCACUGAAAUGGUGAUCACCAAGUCAGGAAGGCGGAUGUUUCCUCCGUUCAAAGUGAGGUGCACUGGUUUAGACAAGAAAGCCAAGUACAUUUUGCUAAUGGACAUUGUGGCGGCUGACGACUGCCGGUAUAAGUUCCAUAACUCGCGCUGGAUGGUGGCGGGGAAGGCUGACCCCGAGAUGCCAAAGAGGAUGUACAUUCACCCGGACAGCCCCGCCACUGGUGAACAGUGGAUGUCCAAAGUCGUCAAUUUUCACAAGCUGAAGCUGACAAACAACAUUUCCGACAAGCAUGGCUUUCCUUGUUUCCUGUCGCAGACGAUUCUGAACUCCAUGCAUAAGUAUCAACCGAGGUUUCACAUCGUCAGAGCAAACGACAUACUGAAACUCCCCUACAGCACGUUCAGGACCUAUGUUUUCCCCGAAACUGAGUUCAUAGCAGUUACUGCUUACCAAAAUGACAAGAUAACACAGCUGAAAAUCGACCACAAUCCUUUUGCUAAAGGUUUUCGUGACACUGGCAAUGGGAGGCGAGAAAAAAGGAAGCAACUGGCACUGCAGUCUAUGCGCUCCUACGAGGAGCAACAGAAGAAGGAGAAUGGGGCGUCAGACGACUCUUCAGGCGAGCAGGCUCCCUUCAAGUGCUUUCGCCAGGCCUCCUCUCCCGCCGUCUCCACCGUGGGCCCACCGAAUCUCAAAGAUUAUUGUGACAGCGACGAGGACAGUGACGACGAGAGCAAAGACGAGCAUAUGAAAGAAGGGCCAGACUCCAGCAAAAUCUCCACCACCACCGAGGAUGCAAAGGACCAUGAGGCCAGCCCUUCUAAAGCUCACUUCAUGGAUACCGAUUCCUCGUGCCGUUCGCGGGAAAGCCUCACAAGGACUGAGAAAAGUCAGGCUGACUCGAGGCAGAGUCCCAUCACCGUGAUCUCCAGCACCACUCGCUCGGGAGAAGACCUGAAAAGCCCCAGCCGAGACCACGGCAAAGCGGACGAGUGCGGCAGGUCUCUCGGCAAAGACAACUACCUACCUUUGACUGUACAGACAGACAGCAGCGCACACUUAAGCCAGAGCCACUUGCACAACUUUGGAUUUCCACCGGGUCUGGCAGGACAGCAGUUCUUUAAUCACCUCGGGGGCGCGCACCCGUUCCUGCUGCAUCCCAGCCAGUUUAAUAUGGGAGGCGCGUUCUCGAACAUGGCCGCCGCGGGCAUGGGGCCCCUGCUCGCGGCUGUAUCCUCCGGAGGGGUGAGUACCAUGGACACGGCCAGCAUGGCGUCACCCUCGCAAAGCCUGACGGGAGCCCCGGGACUGCCUUUCCAUCUGCAGCAACAUGUCUUGGCAUCACAGGGUCUUGCGAUGUCUCCAUUCGGAAGUCUGUUCCCCUACCCCUACACUUACAUGGCCGCUGCUGCUGCGGCCUCCUCGGCAGCCAGCUCAUCAGUGCACCGUCACCCCUUCCUGAACGCGGUGCGGCCCCGGCUCAGGUACAGCCCUUACCCCAUGCCCAUGAGCGUCCCCGACAGCAGCACUUUGCUCACCACCACCAUGCCCUCCAUGGCCAGCAGCGGCUUGGAGCUGAAGGGGGACGGCAUGGCCAGCAGCCCCGUCUCGGCUACCCUGGACUCCACAUCGGAGGUCACCAGCCGCUCGUCCACCAUCUCCUCCGGAUCGGUCUCGCUUUCACCCAAAACUUGUUCAGAGAAAGAUUCCACUAACGAGCUGCAGAGCAUCCAACGGCUGGUCAGUGGACUGGAAUCGAAGCAGGACCGACCUCGGAGUGUCUCCCCUUGAGUGUGCGUGCGAGUCAUGUGUGGCAACUGAUGUUGAUGACAAUGACUAGGAUGCUAUGAGGGCGCUGAUGAAGAUGAGUACGACAGCGAAUGCGGGUUUACAACACGGACAUAUUAAAAAAAAACAUAAAAUAAAAGUUCAGAUUUUAAAAAUGCACUUUGGCAAAACAGAAAAACUAAAACACACAGAUGUACACACAUUGCUCUUUUUGUUAAAUCAAUCGUUAUCUUGGAGUUUUCUGAUUUUGAAUACCAUACAAGUAUUGAAACUGAACAGUUGGAGAGGAUGUGACACACCUUCGUCAUUGAGUUGCUGCUGUGUACUGUCUGUGUUCUUUGUCAGAUUUAGGAGGUAAUGAAAGCAAGUUUAUUUAAUAUGCACUCUGAAUUGGUUAUCAGUUGACUUAUUAUCCCUUUAUCUUAUAAAGACUGCUGUGUUUGAUAUGAAUAAAAAUAACUAUUUGAAUCUUAUAGUUAUUGUAGAGAGGGGGAGGUUUGCAUGCCCUUAAAAACGCCCAUCAGUGACUGCCAGCCAAUAUACCUCAAGAAAGACCAAAAUUAAGAUGGCAAUUCAGUGAACUGUACACACACACGGUGGUGCGUUUGGCUCUUGAUAAAUAUUAGAUAAUUCGGUCUAUGGCGGCUAUGUUUCUCUCCCAAGUGCUUCAGGCACUAUGAAAUAACUGAUCAGAUUUCGAUAAGGUUUAGGCCGGGAGUGUGUGCGGUUAAUCAUACUGGGCUUCCAGUGACUGAAGUGCACCUAUGUCAAAUCACAAAUAAAUGCAUAGGACAUGACUUUUGGUCGAACGCAUGGAAGUUCAAAGAGGCGUCAGUUCCUGCGUCGCUUACCGCGUCCAGCACUAAAUGGGAGAAAGGGGAAUUUGAAACAAUCGCAAGGGUAUGGCUAUUAUGUAUAUACUGACAUAUACAAAUAUUUAUGUAAUUAUUUCAUAUGGAUAUUGCGUGUAAAUAUACAGGAGUUGUUUGUUUUUGGGGAAAAUGUCCUUAAUUUAUUGUUGAUAUACCUGUGUAAAAUAGUUUGUGACUUUUAUCUUUGUUUAUGCCACCCCAUUUUUUCAUCUUCUACUUCUGAAACGGAUUUAUCUGUUCCCAAACUCACAGCUAGAUUUUGUUCCUUUAGCAGACACAACCAUGUGCCAUCCUCCCAUCCAUAGUCGUCUCUGUGUGGAAGUGCUACUGUUCAAACUCAUUCAACACGACAGCACACUGCAAUGGCUUGAAAACUAUGUAGAAUUUUCUUUGAUUUAAAAAAAAAAACAAUUUCGUCUGUGUGUUGAUGAAAAUGUUAAUUUUCCUAAUACUGCAACCUAAAAGUAAAAAGUGCCGCAUCUCAUUUAAAAUAUGAAGGUUUUUCAUGUGUUACGGCUGUUAUCAUCGGGUUAUGUUGUAUUUGAUUUUGUCUAGUUUACAACACCAACAAUGUUUUCUUGAAAGUUUCAAUAAAAUUGUUCAAAUUCAAAAAAUGUUCAAAGCCAUGAGAGUUGUCUAGU